AUGUCUCGUGAACAUAUUAUUCUCUGUCAAGCAAUUCUUGCUCUGUUCUUUACUCUGUUUUACAAUUCCCAUGCCUACUUCGUCCCACACGGAUCUGUAGGAAUCGGCUACAAUGGUUACUUCACUUUAACCAACACAACAAAACACGCUUACGGUCAGGCUUUCGACAACGAACAUUAUACAGUCAAGAACUCAUCAACAGGUCUCCUAACAUCUUUCUCAGUCAACUUCUUUUUUGCGAUCGUCCCUGAGCAUAAUCAUCAAGGCUCACAUGGUAUGGCUUUCGUUAUGUCUCCCACAAGAGGCCUUCCCGGAGCUUCUUCCGAUCAGUACCUCGGAAUUUUCAACAAGACAAACAACGGUAAAAGUUCGAAUAACGUGUUAGCUAUCGAGUUAGAUAUACAUAAAGACGAGGAGUUUGGAGAUAUUGAUGAUAAUCAUGUUGGGAUUAACAUUAAUGGUUUGACAUCUGUUGUCUCUGCUUCUGCUGGUUACUAUGAUGAUAAAGAUGGAAACUUUAGAAACCUUUCUUUGAUCAGCAGAAACGUAAUGAGGCUUUCGAUUGUUUAUAGUCAACCUGAUCAGCAGCUCAAUGUUACUUUAUCUCCUGCUGAGUUCCCUGUUCCGCCUCAGAAACCGCUUCUGUCUUUAAACCGAGAUCUCUCACCGUUUUUGCGUGAGAAAAUGUACUUUGGAUUCACUGCAUCGACAGGGUCGGUUGGAGCAAUACAUUACAUGUUGGGUUGGUUUGUUAAUGGAGUAGUCGAGUAUCCGAAAUUGGAGUUUGGUAUGCUACCAACCCUUCCUCGGUAUCCUAAGAAAUCAUCUAAUAGAACAAAAACGGUUUUAGCGGUCUGCUUAACGGUAUCCGUGAUUGCUGCAUUUGCCGCCUCGUGGAUGGGUUUCAUCUUCUAUCUGAGGCAUAAGAAGGUUAAAGAAGUUCUUGAGGAAUGGGAAAUUCAAUAUGGACCUCAUAGGUUUGCUUACAAGGAGCUUUACAAUGCCACAAAGGGUUUCAAGGAGAAACAACUACUUGGGAAAGGAGGUUUUGGUCAAGUCUAUAAAGGAACACUUCCAGGUUCUGACGCAGAGAUCGCUGUGAAACGGACUUCUCAUGAUUCAAGACAAGGGAUGAGCGAGUUUCUAGCCGAGAUUUCAACCAUUGGUAGGCUUAGACAUCCAAAUUUAGUCAGGCUUUUGGGGUAUUGUAGGCAUAAAGAGAAUCUCUAUUUGGUUUAUGACUUCAUGCCUAAUGGAAGCCUUGACAAGUAUCUAAACCGUAAUGAGAAUCAAGAACGGCUGACUUGGGAGCAACGUUUCAAGAUUAUCAAAGAUGUUGCAACUGCUCUCCUACACCUGCAUCAAGAAUGGGUGCAAGUCAUCAUUCAUCGAGAUAUCAAACCGGCUAACGUUUUAAUCGACCAAGAAAUGAAUGCGAGGCUCGGGGAUUUCGGACUUGCGAAGCUGUAUGAUCAAGGAUUUGACCCUGAAACAUCUAAAGUAGCGGGAACAUUCGGGUAUAUAGCGCCAGAGUUUCUAAGAACAGGAAGAGCGACUACAAGCACUGAUGUGUAUGCCUUUGGGUUGGUAAUGCUUGAAGUUGUCUGUGGUAGAAGGUUGAUAGAACGACGUGCAGCAGAAAAUGAAGUAUAUCUUGUGGACUGGAUCUUAGAGCUUUGGGAAAAUGGGAAAAUUUCCGAUGCGGCGGAGGAAAGUAUACGUCAACAAGGAAACAGGGGACAACUUGAGCUGGUUUUGAAGCUCGGCGUCUUGUGUUCGCAUCAAGCAGCGUCAAUCAGACCAGCUAUGAGUGCGGUUAUGCGGAUUUUGAAUGGCGUUUCACAGCUUCCAGAAAACCUUCUUGAUAUCGUAAGGGAUGAUAAAUUCAAAGGAUGGCCUGAGACAUCAAUGGAAGUACUACUUGAUGUGAGUUCAUUGGAGGUAACACAUUCAUUUGUCUCCCACGGACGUUGAAAUUUUUGGUUUACCAAGGUGAUACACAAAUCUGAGCUUCAGGCACAUUUAUAUUGAAAAAUUGAAUUGUCAGCAAUACAAAAGACGAUCAUAUAUUUUUUCCGGCUAUGUCCAACUAAACCACACUCGUCUUUCAAGACUUCUAUAUCCUGACGUCUCUUUUUCUCAA